AUGGGGCACAAGAGGAGACGCAUCAUUGCGAACCUAAAUAACCUGCCGAAGCGUCGUUCCGAAAACCCUUCAGCUGAGCUGCCAGCUGAAGAGGAGAAAACGGCGCGUACAGCGAAAGUUCAAGCGGCAGCUAAAAUUCAUCAACAGAUGAAGCCGCAUCAAGAAGAUGAUGAGUUAAAUAACACAUCCGAGGGGGAGAAGGGCAACAAUCUCCCUGGUCUGACAUCAUCAGAGACGUCAUCAGACGAAGACGAUGAGGAGGAGCAAACCCUCCAAAUAAAAUUCAGCCACUCAUCGACAAAGAAGCCGCUAAAGCAGCCGAACAAAAACAACAGCAAGAGCAGCUUCGACUGCAGCAAGAAGAACUCCCUCAACCCCAGCGACAACAACAACAGCGGCAACAACAAUUUGCCUGCACAAGUUGCACAAAAACAACAACAGCUGCCAGCACAAGUGCCAGUGCAGCAACAAGAACAGCCACAGCAGCAACAACAACCAAAACAGCAAAACACACAGAAAAAACAACAAGCAGCUGUGGCAGACAAGCCUAGUGGAAGCAAGCAGCAGGUGCGGACUCAGCAGCAGCAGACCCAGAAGCAGCAGCGAAGAAAAGGACACCAGCAGCAGCCACAGAUAGCCAAAGCAAAAAAAGGGAAAAUGGAAGUCAAAAGUGAUAAGAUUGUAGAAGUUUUAAAUGAAGGUGUGAAGAGUCUAUCAACACAAAUGAAAGAUAUGGCUAGUGCAUUUCGUACUGAUUUGAAGAAUAAGAGUGAAAAGGAAAAAGCAGAAGAGCAAACAAUAUCUGCAACAGUAAAAGAGUUAAAUAAUAACCUAAUGCUUAAAUCUACCGAAAGCAAAAACGAGAAAGAUGAUCAACUAAAAAGUAUCAAAGAAAAUGUUAGAGAGUGUUUAAUAAAUAAAUUUGAUGAGCUAAAGAGUAAAGUGGUAAAAUCCCGCAAUAAUAAUAAAGAGUCUGAAGUUAGAGUGAAAGAAAAAGCUAAACCGUCAUAUGCUGAAUUAUUAAAAAAGCCUAUUGAGAUUGCCCCUGUAUUAGUGAAACCUAAAGAAAAUCAGCACUAUGACGUCACUAAAUCUGAAAUUAAAGAGAAGAUAGACCCAUCGGCCCUUUCUAUCAAAGUAAAUAACAUGUUUGAGAGGAAAAAUGGUUCGAUCGCUAUAUGUUGUGACAGUGAGGAGGCUGUAAAAAAAAUUGGUGAUGAAAUUAAGAACAAAAUGAGUGAUAAGUAUAAAGUUCAUAUGCCUAUUAUGAAAAAUCCCUCAAUUCUAGUAAGUGUUGGAAUCCGUAGAUGCUUCAAAUGUCUGGGUUAUAACCAUAAGCAUGUUGACUGUACGAGUGAAAAAAUUUGUUUAAAAUGUGGUGAAAAUGAUCAUGAAAUUAAAGACUGUAAAAAUGAAGUUCAAUGUGUUAAUUGUAAAAGACUUAGUAAUAAAGCUAAUCUUCCAGAUAUGGAUAUUAAACAUAAUGUUCGUAGCUUGGAGUGUCCAAUCUUCAGAAGGCAACUGCUCAAUGAACGCAGUAAAAUAAACUAUUAG